UCAGUUGGCACUUUAACUGCACUUCCUUACACGCCAUGGCUAGAAUUUCCACACUUUUCAGCUGGCAGAGCUGUGCAAGUGACAUGAUUUCCAAAAAACUGCACUGGGCCACAAAAAUAUUAUUUUAUAUAUAUUGCACUUCGUAACCAUCCGUGUGUGCUUUUCUUUUCGGCCGUGUGUGAACGUGAAAAUGCGAGUGGGCGGCGACGAAGCGGCGACGACGAUGCGCGCGAUUUUCUCGCGUUUGGCUGGCGGAACGUUCAAGAUGGCACUGCCAGGCGAUUCGCGGCGAUCGGAUCGACUUGACAGUCCAUGGAGCCGCCCAGCGGACGGACCCGUCGUUAUUUAUUCCGGAAUAUAA